AUGACCGGGUGCUAUAUUCUCCUGGAAGCUGCUGCAAUAGAACUGUUGUCGAAAAUAUGCACAGCUGGAACCCGGGACAGUUAUGGAAACCGUGUUGACGUUAUUCCAAACAAUUUACGGCUGAUGGAAACGUGGAUUUGUAUUAUAACAAGUGCUGUGGGCUUUCUGUCACUUCUUGCUGGACUGAUGGCAUUUUAUUCGUUUGGAGAACUGUUGUUUCAGCGUUCUGUGGCCAACUACGCAACUUUGAUAAUGGCAGGAGAGCUUGACUCUACAAAACCACGAGACAUUAUUUUAAGGGAAGGCAAAGGUUCUACACUGAUUGAAGAUGGUGUUGUAGAGGGUAAUGACCUAUUUGGUCCCAGUGUUAUAGCCGUAACCACAAAAGUAUGGCGUCCGACCUGCAAAGGCCCAUCGGUUACGGGGAACACAUCAUCCAGAGCUGCAACCCCAUCCGCUCUAUCGGCCAGCAGCGAUACUCUUCGAUCCAAAACAGCCAGUACACUAGGUAUCCAACCCAAACUUACGGGGAAAUCUUCUUCUUCUGUUGCAUUCUGGCCUUCACUCACUUCCGCCUUGGCCUUUGGAUGUUUGGCAAUAACCCGAAGCUGCUUAUUCGGCCCAAUGUUGCAGUGCUAUUGGCACGCGCAAGUCAAACUUCCACUUAUAUACGUGAUUUUUUCAAUAUUAUAUUUAAUUCUUUGGCUUGUACUAUGGUUUGGUGUUACGGUUAAAACGGCUUGGAGAUUUCGCUUGCUGCAUAUGCCUGCUCCGUCCAGUAGUCGGUACCGAUUCACAUCGCCUAAACAUCUAUCACAUGCUGAACGACUGGGACUGGGUGUUUCACAGUUCGCACCUUGGCCACUCAUGAACAAUCCGGCUGCAGCCCAGCUUGGCGCAAGCUACUUCUGGCCUUGGCUGCAAUAUCAAAAUGGGUUUGCACACCCACAAAACGGAAGUCUAGCAUUUGGCAGUUCACCGACUCCCUAUGAUGGAAACUAUGCGGAUAGGGGACCUCCUGAAGUGAAUCCCAUGUAUGGAUGUUUCACGGAUGCCCAACAACCCAGUCCGGGGGGGCUACUUCGAGAUGGUCCACCCACACUAUCGGAUGGGUCGGACAACGUGAUACAGAUAGAGUACGACAGACCAUCAAACUAUGCCUACUUACAAAAGGGAGCAGGACUAGUGACCAUUUGCGAUGGCGACGGAGCCUCUGAGGAGUCAUAUCAGCCAUAUAGGAGGAACACAGCGGACCCCGCCUACGUGAGUCUCGCGUCGCUGGGCCGAACAGGAAGUCCACAGCGCUCUUCGCAAGGCGGCUCCCGCAGGGGUGCCCUUGGCGCCCGAGUGACCUUCAAGUCAGACGAUGAGGGAGGUGUGGUAGAGGGCAACAACGCCAGCAGCGACAGCGGUGUUUGCACAAAUGGAAGUGGCAGUCGUAUCGUUGGAAAGCUAAAUCUAAACAGCCACCCACUCUUUGUUGGAGACGCUGGUGCAACCGAUGACCGUGCCAGCAGUCCACAUGGCUUUAUGGGUCAAGCUGCAGCAAGUACAGCGCACAGUUCGGUCAGACUGGAAACUGAUGAGAGACUCUGCAGCCAAGUCUAA